AGCAGUUUGUUGACAUUUUUUACUCACUAGAAUCCCUUGUAUUUGUGUUGUUUUGCCGACAAAAACAUCUGUUUUUCUUUAAUCCAAUUAUCCUACAAUAUUGUGCUUAAUAGCUUUUAUUCCUCCAAAAUAUCAUCAUCUACCACAUUCUUUCCAUUCAACAAUUGGAGUGCCAAGAGGUUGAGCGAUAAGAGAUCGGAUAAAUCGUAACUAGAAAAUUUUCAAUUUCCUUUUCCUCAGCGAACCAGCGACAGUAGAGAAUCUUCCUUUACACGUUGCCUGACUGUGUCUCGAAGAAAGUUGGAGAACAAUCUAGAACGCUGGCCAAAACUUAAUAAAAGGGCAACCGAGUCUGCAAUUGCAAGUGAUUCAUACAGAAGAAAGUGACUGAGCAAGUAGUGAACGAGGAAUAUUGAUAGCAAACAGUGAAAAAUCAAAUACAUACCGAAUAUGGUUGCAACGGAGGUAAAUGUUACGACGGAAGCGGAUGAGGCAACUGCAUUCAAAGAGCGUGGUAAUGCGGAAUUUAAGGAAGAUUGCUGGGAGGCAGCGGUCAAGUGGUACACGAAAGCGGUCCAUGCCGGUGAGAAGCAUAAGGAUCUGUCAGUAUUCUACAAAAACCGUGCCGCUGCAUACUUGAAAUUGGAACAGUACGAAAACGCCCACAAAGAUUGCACCAACUCGCUGGAAAUCUGUCCGAACGAUCCGAAAGCAUUGUUUCGGCGGUUUCAGGCGUUCGAGGCACUGGAGCGUUUUGAAGAAGCGUACAAAGACCUGCGCACGAUCCACACUCAUGACCCUAACAAUAAAACGAUCAAACCCCACCUGGAACGACUGCAUGCGAUCGUGCAGGAGCGCGCUAGGGAACGGGCCCAAACUUCGAACAAGGUGACCAAAAUGUUCGAAAUUGCUUUCGACAUCGCGGCGCCAAAGGACAAGCGUGAGCAGGCAAUGGGUAAUAUCGUUGUGCUAGCGCGCGAACAGGCCGGUGUGGAAAUUAUGAUGAAGGAAGGGUUGGUCACGCGUGUCGGAAAAUUGCUAAAGGUGGAGAAAAACAACGACAUCAUUACGAACGCUAUUCGGGCGAUUGACGGUGUGUGCCUAUCAAGUCCCGAACGUACAAAGCAGGUCAUAAACGAGCUCGGUAUUCCGUGGUUCCUGCAAAUUCUUGACUGCAAUGUAGAGGAGCGUGUUGCAGCCUCUCAGCACUGCAUGCAAACCGUACUGAACUCAAUUUCAGGCAUGGACAACAAGGAAGACUCCAAGCCAAACGAUUUGUUGGUGAAGGAAAAUCAGCAAAUUAUCGAAACGUUGCUCACAUGCCUACUGUACUCCGUGACCGAUCGUACGAUCACGGGAAUGGCUCGUGAUUCUAUUAUGGAGCUGCUGAUUCGAAACGUCCACUGGAAGACACUAAACUGGGCGGAACGGCUGGUCGAACUGAAAGGAUUGAUGCGGCUGAUGGAAGUGUGCUCCGAGCUGGAAGAAUACAAGUACGAAAGUGCAAUGAACAUUACACCAUCGUCGCGCACGAUCGCCACGGUAUGUUUGUCACGGAUCUACGAAAACAUGUACUACGAUCAGGCGCGUGAGCGGUUCACGGAGCAGAUUGCGGAUUUCGUGAAGGACAAGCUGCUUACGCCCGACCACGAAUCGAAGGUGCGUGUUACGGUCGCUAUCACCUCCUUGCUGCUCGGACCACUGGACGUUGGCAAUACGAUCGUUUCGCGAGAAGGUGUUCUUCAAAUGAUUCUCGUAAUGGCUCAGUCUGAUAAUUUGCUAGAACAGAAGGUGGCCUGUGAAUGUUUGAUUGCUGCUGCCUCUAAGAAGGACAAAGCGAAGGGUUUGGUGCAGUCGGGAGCAGAAAUAUUGAAGAAGUUGUACUCCUCGAAGAACGAGGAAAUUCGUGUCCGUGCCUUGGUGGGUCUGUGCAAGAUCGGCAGUUCGGGCGGAUUAGACGCUUCGAUUCGUCCAUUUGCUGACGGAUCGACAAAGAAGCUGGCGGAAGCGUGUCGUCGGUUCUUGGUGAAGCCGGGCAAGGACAAGGACAUUCGUAAGUUUGCUGCCGAAGGUCUUGCAUACCUGACACUUGAUGCAGAGGUAAAGGAAAAGCUGGUAGAAGAUCGGGCCGCCAUACAGGGUUUGAUUGAGCUAGCCAAAACGGGUGACCAGUCCGCGCUGUACGGUGUCGUUACGACGCUGGUCAAUCUUGUGAAUGCAUAUGACAAACAGGAGAUGGUACCGGAAUUGGUAGAGCUGGCGAAGUUUGCCAAACAUCACAUCCCUGAGGAGCACGAACUAGACGAUCCAGACUUUGUGAGUGCUCGUGUUAUCGUGUUGGCCAACGAGGGUGUUACGUCCGGUUUGGUUGCACUUUGCAAAACGGAAAGCGAUAAUUCGAAAGAAAUGAUUGCUCGUGUGUUUAACGCACUGUGCAGCGAACAGGAAACACGUGGCAAGGUGGUACAGCAGGGUGGCGCUAAGGUGCUGCUUCCACUUUCACUAAACGGAACGGCCAAUGGUAAGCGACACGCUGCCCAGGCACUGUCGCGCAUUGGAAUCACGAUCAAUCCGGAAGUUGCCUUCCCGGGCCAGCGCAAUUUGGAAGUGAUCCGGCCUUUGAUGAACCAGCUCCAUCCCGAUUACACUUCGCUGGAAAACUUUGAAGCUAUGAUGGCGCUGUGCAAUCUGGCCUCCAUGAAUGAAUCCACCAGACAGCGUAUUUUGAAGGAACAGGGCAUGGUGAAGAUCGAAUCGUACAUGGGAGAGGAUCACUUGAUGCUGCGUCGUGCCGCUACACAGGUUAUGUGCAACAUGGUCCAGUCGCCGGAUGCGAUAGAGCUGUGCGAAAAGCAAAACGAUCGAGUAAAGUUACUCGCGCUGCUCUGCGAGGAAGAGGACGAGGACACUGCCCUGGCGGCAUCGGGUGCUCUCGCCUAUCUAACUGCCGUUUCGGAGCGUUGCUGCGAGAAGAUGUUUGAACCAGCGGCUUGGCUGAACGUGUUUCACACGUUGGUUGCAAACCCGAGCCCCGGCGUGCAGCAUCGGGGUAUGGUCAUUAUUCGCAACAUUAUCAAGACGAGCAAACCGCUGGCCUCGAAAUUGUUCGACACGGAUUUGCUGCAGAUGAUGUACGGUGUUACGCAGUUGAACGACGAAACUCGGGCAAAGGCCAUCGAAUGUGCGCAAGAAUGUCUAAAGCUGGCCGAAGAGUACCGCCUGAUCCAGGAAAAUGCCGAUUCGGAUCUUGCUCCGGAUGUUUUCAAGGAGCAGGAGGCAACGCUCGAAGAAAUCGACAACUGAACUGAUUCGUAGAGAUUCGAGGAAGGACAACAAAGUGCAUUACAAUCUUCUUAAAUUUAUUGCUAUUACUUUACUGACAUGCAUGCGUGUUUGGUUUUCUGAGCAUUUCGGGAAACGUAUACCGAGUAAUGGACCUGCUCUCGUUACGAGGGUGAAUCGUACUUACUAGGGAAAUUGUAGGUGUCUGUCUCUUUUUGAUAGUUUGGACUUGUUAAGACAGUUUGAAUGUUUUCUUUUACUAGAUAUUUAUAAUAAAGAAUUUGUGAAUGACUUUUCAA